CUCACUGCUGCUAAUUUAAUUCCUCUGCUUCAUUCCAAGGAUUCCAGAGGAAAACUGUCACCUUUCCAAAAUACCACGCAGGCCUGUUGCUUCUUUGCGUACACUACCACAUCUUAGAUCUUUUUUCCAAUCCUAAUGAGUGGGCAGGAACUUCUUGGAUGAGCCAAAAUUAACCCUGCUAGUGGAGCGCUUCAUUAUUCUCUCUCACUCUUUUUUUUCUCCCCACAACUUUUUUUUUUAAAUAAAGCAAAGUUCAGAGAAAGUUUCUCCUUUCCUUUUUCACUUUUCUCCUCUACUAGCACACACAGAACCAAGCUCUUGAGUGUCUUCUGAAAGUAAAUAUUUCUCCUGACAUUAUAGAGCCUGGCAGCCGGGCCAAGGAGGCCAGCCCCUCCAGAGAGAUGGGGGAUGCUGGGGAGAAAGGCCUGGAUAAUGAUGCCGAAGGGGUAUGGAGCCCUGACAUCGAGCAGAGUUUCCAGGAGGCACUGGCCAUCUACCCACCCUGCGGGAGGCGCAAAAUCAUUCUUUCAGACGAGGGAAAGAUGUAUGGUCGUAAUGAGCUCAUUGCCCGUUACAUCAAGUUAAGGACUGGGAAGACGCGGACAAGGAAACAGGUCUCCAGUCACAUCCAGGUGUUGGCACGCCGAAAAACACGAGAGAUUCAAGCUAAGCUCAAAGAUCAAGUGGCAAAGGAUAAAGCCCUUCAGAGUAUGGCCGCCAUGUCUUCUGCUCAGCUUGUUUCUGCCACCGUCCUCCAGGAGAAACUAGGCCUGUCGGAACCCCACUACCCACCUAGCGCCACCACCCAAUCCACAGACUUUUUCCAUUUCUGGGCAGGGGAUGUAAAUCAGGCCCAAACUACUCCAGACAUUAAGCCCAUCCUCCAGGCACCAUAUCCCAUCGCACCAAUUGCAGCAUCACCUGCUGCCCCAGGUUAUCACACACCCCCAGGGAGAGUCUCCUGUCUCCCCACCACUACCCCUUGGCCAGGAAGCCAUAUCAGUACUGAAACACUUCGACUGGUGGAGUUUACUGCUUUUGUGGAGCGGCAGAGUGAACGAGAUGCGUGUAAGCAGCAGCAUCGUUUUGUUCACAUUGACCCGACACCCACGUCUGAGCCGCCCCUGGAGAUGGUGGACGUACGCCAGAUCUAUGACAAAUUUCCUGAGAGAGGAGGUGGACUGCGAGAUCUGUAUGAUCAAGGGCCUCCUCAUGCUUUCUUCUUGGUUAAAUUCUGGGCUGACCUAAGCUUUUCCCUCCUUGAAGAAGAACCUGGAGGCACAGGAGGGGCCUUCUAUGGGGUGAGCAGCCGAUACGAGGGCCCACGGGCUCUGACUCUCAGUUGCACCUCCAAAGUCUGCUCGUUUGGCAAACAGGUGGUGGAAAAACUGGAGACAGCAGAGCCUCCCCACUGGGAAGACGGGCGCUUUGUUUUCCGUAUGCAACGCUCACCACUCUGCGAGUACCUCAUUAAUUUUAUUCGCAAACUACGAACGCUGCCAGAAAAACCAAUGAUGGACAGUGUCCUUGAAAAUUUCACCAUCCUGCAGGUUUUGCGGGAUCAAGAAACUCAGGAGUUACUACUGUGUGUGGCCUUUGUGUUUGAAGUGUCUGCCAGCGAGCGGGGAGCACAGCAUCACAUCUACCGGCUGGGCCGGGACUGAGAAAUAGUUUUCACCAUACUCAACAAAAAACACCAACCAACCAGCCCAUCUUCCCCUUAUCUCAAUCCUACUGGCUGGCAGAACUGCCAGAAAAACUGCUGAGCCCUUUCAUACCAACUUUUGAGUUUACUAACUGAUACUAUUCUGUUUUAUGACCACAAAACCAGGCUUUAGACCUAAACCCUUAACAGGCACCAUUCUUCAGCAGACCAUCUUGCAGCUGUGGCAGCAUGAUCAUAACCGUGGGCCCUUUGAACAGGUGUACUUAUGGAAGAAUGCUCUUUUGGUGAAUUCAUCUCCAGAAAGCCGAGGACAAGAGUUAAUCUCUGCUCCACGUUAUCAUUACAACACUCCUCUAAGAAUAUCCUCCCAUGUGAUUGCUUCUCUGGGAUUUAGCGCUCCGUUGUAAGAAGAAAGGGUAUUUCUUAGCACUCUUGUUUUGUAAGACAGUCAGAUGUUGACGAACGUCAUAACUUAAUUCUCACGAACAGCUAAAGAAUAAACCCAUUUCUGCACU